ACAGGGAGGGGGAGAGGGAAGAGGGAGGUGCGUGUAUUUCACUGACUGCUGCUUCAGCUCACUGAAACACACACACAAGCAUCAUACAGAAGCAUCCACAGCCAUCAUCUGCCUCUAUCCAAAGGUAACUCUUCACUGGAACCAGUCUGUCUCAUCCUUUCUUUUUGGAAGAGAAAAAGUCCUGUGCACUCUUAAUGGCACUGGGGAACCAAGCAGUGGGGUAUUGUUGGGCUCUGAUCUGGCUGUACACCCAUUGGUUUUAGGGACAAAGUGCCUCAAUCUCCAGAGGGUUGCUGAAGCAAAGAAACCAUGAUGUUACUGCUCUACAUUCUCUCCAAAUGGAGAAGGGGUUAUUGGUUCUUUGGAUUGGCUUAGAGGAGGAGGCAGGUGUAAGGGAAAGGUGGAAUUCCCCCUAAUCACAAUAUUUUGGUCAACAUGGAGAAGUUUUGGAGCCAUUAAAAAAAUGUGGGACUCACUGGACAUGUCGGGCUGUUUCUCAGGUUGCUAAGAGGAUUUACAAAUGAAGUGGUUGCUGUAUAUGGCAAAGGACCUUUGGUCAUGUAACCCUCAAGUGUCAGCCUAGGUGUUAAUGUCACUAUGAACAAUGGCCCAGCUGUAUUACAAGAAGGUGAAUUACUCACCCUACAGAGAUCGGAUCCCUCUACAGAUUGUAAGGGCAGAGGCAGAACUGUCACUGGAAGAAAAGGCCUACCUCAUUGCUGUGGAGAAGGGGGAUUAUGCCAGUGUAAAACAUGCCUUAGAGGAGGCCGAAAUCUAUUACAACAUCAACAUCAAUUGCAUGGAUCCAUUGGGCCGCAGCGCUCUUCUUAUAGCCAUAGAGAAUGAGAACCUGGAGAUUAUGGAGCUGCUGCUAAGCCACAAUAUAUAUGUGGGGGAUGCUCUCUUGUAUGCAAUAAGGAAGGAGGUGGUGGGAGCUGUAGAACUACUUCUCAGUCACAGGAAACCAAGUGGGGAGAAGCAGGUGCCAACGUUAAUGAUGGACACACAUUUUUCCGAGUUUACCCCGGACAUUACUCCUAUCAUGUUGGCAGCUCACACUAAUAACUAUGAAAUUAUAAAACUCCUAGUCCAAAGAAGAGUCACCAUCCCUCGACCACACCAGAUACGUUGCAACUGUGUGGAGUGUGUCUCCAGCUCAGAAGUUGACAGCCUUAGGCACUCCAGGUCAAGGCUCAACAUUUACAAGGCUCUUGCUAGCCCGUCUCUGAUUGCCUUAUCUAGUGAGGAUCCCAUCCUGACUGCUUUUCGCCUUGGCUGGGAACUGAAAGAGCUCAGCAAAGUGGAGAAUGAAUUUAAGGCAGAAUAUGAAGAACUGUCUCAACAGUGCAAGAAAUUUGCGAAGGACUUGCUUGAUCAAGCUCGAAGUUCUAGAGAACUGGAGAUUAUCCUCAACCACAGGGAUGACCAAAGUGAGGAGCUGGACCCUCAGAAGUGUCAUGACCUUGCAAAACUGAAAGUAGCAAUAAAGUAUCACCAGAAAGAGUUUGUGGCCCAGCCAAAUUGCCAGCAGUUAUUGGCUACACUGUGGUAUCAUGGGUUCCCGGGUUGGCGGCGGAAGCACUGGGCUGUGAAGCUGGUGACUUGCAUUACUAUUGGACUGUUGUUCCCUGUGUUAUCCGUGGCAUAUCUGAUUGCACCGAACAGCAGGCUGGGACUGUUCAUUAAAAAGCCAUUCAUCAAGUUUAUCUGCCACACAGCCUCAUAUCUCACCUUCCUCUUCCUCCUGCUCCUGGCCUCCCAGCACAUAGUGAGAACAGAACUGCACAUGCAAGGGCCUCCUCCCACAGUAGUAGAAUGGAUGAUCCUGCCCUGGGUCCUAGGUUUUAUUUGGGGUGAAAUAAAGGAGAUGUGGGAUGGCGGGUUUACUGAGUAUGUUCAUGACUGGUGGAACCUCAUGGACUUUGCAAUGAACUCCCUCUAUCUUGCCACCAUCUCCCUUAAAAUAGUUGCUUAUGUGAAGUACAAUGGUUCAAAGCCAAGAGAAGAGUGGGACAUGUGGCACCCCACACUGAUUGCUGAAGCUUUCUUUGCAAUAUCCAAUAUCCUGAGCUCCCUACGUCUCAUCUCCCUGUUCACAGCAAAUUCCCACCUGGGCCCGUUACAAAUUUCCCUUGGGAGAAUGCUGUUGGACAUUCUCAAAUUCCUCUUUAUCUACUGCCUGGUGCUGCUGGCGUUUGCCAAUGGACUAAACCAACUCUACUUUUAUUAUGAGACUAGUGCCUCUGAGGAACCUAACAACUGCAAGGGAAUACGAUGCAAGAAACAGAACAAUGCAUUCUCCACCCUUUUCGAGACUCUUCAGUCUUUGUUUUGGUCAGUGUUUGGUCUACUGAACUUGUAUGUCACCAAUGUUAAAGCACGUCACGAGUUUACUGAGUUUGUUGGCGCCACAAUGUUUGGAACAUACAACGUCAUCUCAUUGGUUGUGUUACUCAACAUGCUGAUAGCUAUGAUGAACAACUCCUACCAGCUCAUUGCAGAUCAUGCUGAUAUUGAAUGGAAAUUUGCUAGGACUAAGCUAUGGAUGAGUUAUUUUGAUGAAGGUGCGACAAUGCCUCCUCCUUUUAACAUCAUUGCCAGCCCAAAGUCCAUCUGGUACUUCUGCAAAUGGAUCCGCUAUACACUCUGCCUGGGCAAGAACUCAGAAGACGACAUUCAAAAGCAGCACGAAAACCUGAAGACCUUUACAGAACGGCACGCUGACAACCUGAUUCAGAAUCAACAUUACCAGGAAGUUAUCAGAAAUCUGGUAAAACGAUAUGUCGCUGCAAUGAUUAGAAAUUCCAAGACCAACGAAGGGCUGACAGAAGAAAACUUCAAAGAACUGAAACAGGACAUCUCCAGCUUUCGAUAUGAAGUGCUCGAUCUCUUAGGAAAUCGUAAGCCACCCCGAAGAAGCUACUCCACCAGCAGCACUGAGGUGUCUCAAAAAGAUGAGAUGACAGAAGAGCGUCCCAAGGCAAAAAGUGUUUCUUUUAGCACAGCCAACAAAAAAAAGGAUUUUAAUGUAUCAGCAUUGAUUAAGACAAUGUCUGGGAUUGAAACAGUGGAGGAUGCACCAAAGAGUAAUGGCAUUAGUAAGCACUCCUUUAUCCGGAAUGGUAACAAGGUCCAAAGGCUUUCAAGUUCUAAGAAGGAGUCCUUUAAAAGACUGGGUCUACUAUUUUCCAAAAUGAAUGGGCAUGUGACAGAACCAGUGUCUGAACCAGUAUAUACCAUUUCAGAUGGGCUUGUCCAGCCUCACGCUAUGUGGCAUGACUCACAACAUACCCAAACUGGCCAAGAGACAGAGCGGUCUGUAAGUGAAACUAACCUCAAUGAGGUGAGUCAUGAUGGGAGCCUUGUUGGACAAUGCAAUGAGAAUCCUCCUAUUUGUACCAACUCUUUAAACUGUGCUUCCAACCUCUGCUCUUCUAAUACCAGGCUUAUAGACUCAACAGAAGAUGUUUUUGACUCUUGGGGUGAGACAUGUGACCUCCUAAUCAAUAAGUGGAAAGAUGGCCAGGAAGAGCAGGUCACAACAAGACUAUAAGUAUAAUCUAGAAUUGUUGUAUCAUAGAAAAGAUAUUUUUACCAUUUCCUUUUACAAAUACCUAAAAAAGGUAGGAUCGUCUU